CAAGGAAACACAGACUCGCUACAUAUAAGCGUUUCAUUAAGUGAGGCCCCCCCACCGAUUGCUGCAUUAAAGCCGUCCGUUCCUAUCACUGAUACCGAUAUUCAUGUGGACGCGACGCUAAACACGGUGGAGCUGAUCACCAAGUAUGGUUACCCUGCGGAGGUGCACAACGUCAGAACAUCGGACGGCUAUGAGCUGACCCUGCAUCGCAUACCGCGACCUGGAGGACCGGUCGCAUUGCUCGUGCACGGCCUCAUGUCCAGCUCAGCGUCUUGGGUGGAAAUGGGCCCAACAAACGGUCUGGCCUAUAUACUAUACGACCAGGGAUACGAUGUUUGGCUUUUGAAUACGCGCGGCAACAUCUAUUCGCAGAAGCAUGUGAAUCCGAAUAUUCAACCAGCGGAAUACUGGAGCUUCUCGUUCCAUGAAAUUGGAACUUACGAUCUGCCGGCCACAAUUGACGAAAUCUUACGUAUUACGGGCAAGAGCACCUUGCAAUACAUUGGCCACUCCCAGGGCUGUACCGCCUUCUUUGUGAUGGCCAGUGUGCUGCCUUCCUAUGCCAAGAAGGUGUCUCUCAUGCAGGCUCUCUCGCCCACGGUCUACUUGAAAAAUUCACAGAGUCCGGUGCUGCGGUUCCUGUCCCUGUUCAAGGGAAAUAUCAGACUUCUGCUCAAUUCACUUGGUGGAUUCUCGGUCGCAAAGGACAACAAGCUAAUCAAACAAUUCCGCGAUCAAAUCUGCCAGAGCAAGCAAUUGGGCAGCGAAAUAUGCCGCAUCUUUGACUUUGUUGCGUGCGGAUUCGGCUGGAAGCAGUUUAACAAUACCUUGGAGCCCAUUGUUGCUGAGCAUUCGUCGCAGGGCGCGUCCGCCUUCCAGAUCUAUCACUACUCUCAGCUGCUCACCAGCAAUGCCUUCGCGGCCUUCGACAAUGGCGAGGUGCUCAAUUUACAGCAAUAUAAUACGCCCAAACCGCCGGCCUACAACAUCAGCCAGAUACCCUGUCAAGUGGCACUGCAUCACUCGCAAGACGACUGGCUGGCCAGCCCACCCGAUGUUCAGCAGCUGAAGGAACAACUGUCCAAUGUCGUCGACCACUCGUACAUUCAGCAGGAAGGGUUCCAUCACUACGACUAUUUGCUUUCAAAGAAUGUGCAGUACCUAGUCCACGAUCGCGUAAUUAGUAAUUGUGCCAGGUAUGGGCACAAAUCUACGGAUACUUAAUAUUGACUUAAGUAG